CCCGUUGCUACGCAACCGCUGCCAGUGCGUCCAGCACGCCAUGGAGUCCCUCAGGACGGCGAGCCCCGAGCUCCGAGCUUACUUCAGCCGCCACGACCUCCUCGACGUGUACGAGGUAUCGGCGGGCAGCAGACACACCGCGUCCCCCGCUGCAGCUAGCAGCGGCCCACGGCCACCCCCUUGCCCGCCGGGACCCCUGGCCCGCGCACCGCUGACUGCCGUCGGUGCUGUCCGGAGCGCCGUGGCCGCCCCUCGCCCCCACCGCCUGGCCGGAGGUCGUUCUGAAGGUCAGACUGGUCCCCACUGGAGCCGGUGGGACCACAGACUCCCCGGUACCCUUGGUGGGAGGGAUCCCUCUCCCCGCUCAGGGGUUUCCCCGAUCCCUCAGCAGUGCCCUGGAGGCGGCUCGUUGGGUCCCUCAGCCUUGGCCGGGGUAUUUCACGCCCUGAUGCUGGGCUCUGCUGGCACGGGGCAUGUUUUUGUUCUGCUUCUUGUGUUAAUGGUUUGCUUCAGUUUGUGAAAACUUUAAAGACAGAGCAAAGAUAGAACAAGGUAAUUCCACUUCUUAAUCCAUACUUAAAUGAUGACUGACAUGAUAGAAUAAACUCGGUUGGAAAAGACCUUUAAGAUCAUAAAGUCCAACCUUUACCCCAGCACUGCCAAGUCCAUCAUUAAACCAUGUCACUAAGGGCCUCGUCUGCACGUCCAGGAAUGGUGACUUAACCACUUCUCUGGGCAGCCUGUUCCAGAGCUUGACAACACUUUUGAUGAAUAAAUCUUUCCUAAUAUCUAAUCUAAACCUCCCCUGGCACAACCUGAGGCCAUUUCCUCUUGUCCUAUCGCUUCUUACUUGGGAGAAGAGACCAACACCCACCUUGCUACAACCUCCUGUCAGGCAGUUGUAGAGAGUGGUCAGGACUCCCCUGAGAUUCCUUUUCUCCAGGCUGAACAACCCCAGGUCCCUCAGCUGCUCCUCAUCAGACUUGUUCUCCAGACCCUUCACCAGCUUCAUGGCCCUUCUCUGGACCCACUCCAGCACCUCAGUAUCUCUCCUGUAGUGAGGGGUGCAGAGAACUGAACACAGGAUUCAAGGUGUAGCCUCACCAGUGCUGAGUACAGGGGGAAAUGAAGACAAACGCAGUAAACUACAUUUGUACCUUUACUAGAUUUGCAUUGUUCUCCAGUUUUAAUUAUGAAAGCACCUCUAGACUUCAGCUGGAUACUUCUCUACUUCCUGAGUGCUGUGUGCCAUCUUCUAAUGGUCUGUCAAAGGUGCUGCUUUGUGCUGUAAUUGGCAUGCGUCCAGAAGAUCCACUUAAGUUUUUAGAAGAAAAGCUCAGAGAAAUAAUGGAAAAGGGAUUAGAUACUGUUUUAUGGUGUAUGUGUACAGAUCUGUCUUUACACCCAAAAUUUAAGAGGAUUUCAGAAACGUACCUGAGCACUGUUUUUGGACUAGAUGUUGAACAACUGAUAACUGAAGGAUGUGCCAAGGCAUGGAGCUUUCACAACAGAAACUUAAUGAAGCUGUAUUUUGGAGGAUGGUUAAAAUAUCACUUGCUAAAAAAGAAUAAAAGACAAAAGGCAGAGCAGAAGGUGGCUUUGGCAGUAGACCAUUAUAACGUGCAAAUAGUAAGAGUUAUUAUACAGAAGUGGAGUAUGUGGGUGAAUAUUCACAAGCAAAAAAGGACAUUGGCAGUGACAAGACUGCAACAGAUCUUUAAUAAAUUAUAUUUAAAUGCUGUGGUGAAGGCUUGGCAUGCAGAGGCCCACAGUUCUUCGGAAACAAAAGCAUAUUUUGAGAGUUUGGCAAAGGAAAGUCAGAAAGAAUGUUGUGAAUCAAAUGAUCUUACCAUCAGACAUGAAACAUCCUCUUUACCAGAAAAAGCCUUGUUACAGAUUUUCCGCUACGUAAAUUUGGUUGAUCUGGCAAGAUGUGCUCAAGUUAGUCAAAUGUGGAUGCUGCUGACUCAAAACAGUUCAUUAUGGAGUGAUAUCAAUUUUUCCUCAGUGAGGCAUAAAGUUCAGGAUGAAAUGGUAGUGAAUGUUUUGCAGAAGUGGUGUCCAUAUGUCUUACAUUUGAAUCUUCAAGGUUGCUCUUCUCUUCAGUGCCCUACCUUUAAAAGUAUCAGUGCAUGUAAGAAUUUGCAAGGCUUAAAUCUCUCUGAAUGCCAGGGAUUAAAUGAUGAAUCGAUGAGAGUCAUAUCAGAAGGCUGCAGAUCUCUUCUCUAUUUAAAUCUGUCCUGUACAGAUAUUACAAAUGGAACGCUACGACUAUUGCCGAGCUUCCCCAAUUUACAGCAUCUGAGUUUAGCUCACUGCAGAAAAUUCACAGACAAAGGUUUACUGUACCUGAGCACUGGAAAAGGCUGUCACAAGCUCAUCUAUUUGGAUCUUUCAGGUUGCAUUCAGAUUUCAGUUGAUGGCUUCAGAAAUAUUGCCAGUGGCUGCACUGGGAUUCAGAAUUUGCUGAUCAACCAAAUGCCAACUCUUACAGACAGGUGUAUUCAAGCUGUGGUUGAAAAAUGCCAACAGAUAACAUCUGUUGUCUUUCUUGACUCUCCACAUCUUUCUGAUACAACUUUUAAAGCCCUUGCUGAAUGUGAACUGGUCAAGGUCAGCAUUGAAGGGAAUAACCGAAUUACUGAUUUAAGUUUCAAGUUAAUGAGUAAAUGCUGCCCAUACAUCAGGCACAUUCAUAUGGCUGACUGCCAGAGGAUUACAGAUGCUGGUCUCAAGAUGAUUUCACCACUGAAGCAUAUUCUUGUACUGAAUGUAGCAGACUGCAUAAGCAUCAGUGAUGAAGGUGUAGUGCCGUUUGUACAAGGUUCUUCAGGAGCUAAGCUAAGAGAGCUGAAUUUGAGUAAUUGUAUUCAUGUCACUGAUGCUUCUGUCACAGAAAUAGCACAAAGAUGUCAUGAAUUGACCUACCUAUAUCUGUGCCACUGUGAAAAUGUGACUGAUGCUGGAAUUGAAGCCUUGGGAAAUAUGUUGUCAUUGAUAUCCCUUGAUAUCUCUGGAACCAGAAUCUCAGAUACGGGUUUGAGGACUCUUGGCUGCCAAGGAAAAAUAAAGGAACUUUCUAUAUCAGAAUGCAAAAACAUCAGUGAUACUGGGAUUCAGGAGUUCUGCAAGGGCACAAAAUACCUGGAGCACUUCCAUGUCUCCUGCUGCCCUCAGCUGACAGAUGAAGCUGUGAAGGCAUUGGCAUUUCACUGCCAGAGACUAACAUCAGUCAACCUAGCGGGUUGCCCAAAGAUGACUGAUACCUGUAUCAAGUACUUGGCUGCAGUCUGCCAUUAUCUCCACUUCUUGGAUGUCUCUGGUUGCAUUCAUCUUACUGACAAAGCACUGAAGUAUCUUUGGAAAGGUUGUGAGCAACUCCAGGUUCUCAAGAUGCUGUUCUGUAGAAAUAUCACCAAACAAGCUGUCCUGAAAUACACAGCCAAACUGGAGAAACAAGAACACAGUGAUGCUGACCCUCCUUCCUGGCUCGGAUACGACCGGGAUGGCAACAUACUCACCUUCACCCAAACACAUGCACUGGAGCCUGAACAAAUUCCUCAAACUGAAAAAUGAAGGAAUUGUGCAACACCUUCUCCAGUUGCAGGGUUUUCACUAGAGCACAAAAGAACACUCUAUUGUUUUUAUUAAAACUAAUCAUACUUGAUAAAAGGCUGUUUAUUGCUGUAGGAAAAAAGCACCACAGAUGUUUUUCACAGUCUGCCUCCAAGCAAGGCAGUCGCACUGAAACAGCUUUGCUAACUUUCAGAUCUCGAUUUGAGCUGUCUUCAUCUUCCAAUAAUGAGAAGCUUCUGUAGUCCCCUGCAGUGAGCAAUAACUACAUCUGCAUGUGUUUGGGGUUCUUGUUUGCCAUGAGGGUCCUCUCCAGGACAUGAACACUUUGACUCCCCAC